AUGACGAAGGCGGAAGACACAAGGCCUCACCUCGCCGGGCCUUUCAUCUCCCUCGGUCACGCGCCUUUCGUGCAGCCAUCCUCGUACCUACGCCCUCCAAUGGCCGAAGAGAGACCAGUUUAUCGGGAAGAGCGUCAAGGCCUGCGUGCCAUUCGCAAUUUCCUGAAGGUCCGCACCAGCUACGAUGUCCUUCCCUUGAGCUUCCGCCUCAUCAUCUUCGAUACUUCUCUUACAGGCAUUGUGUCAGCCCCGCUGUGGGACUCAAAAGCUUCAAAGUUUGCAGGUCUUCUGACCACUUCCGACUACAUCAAUGUCAUCCAGUAUUACUUUCAGAACCCUGCGGCCCUUGACCAGAUCGACCAAUUCCGACUAGAUAGUCUGCGCGAAGUCGAAAAGGCAUUGGGCGUUGCGCCACCGGAAACCGUCUCCAUUGACCCCGAGCGCCCCCUCUACGAAGCAUGCCGUCGUAUGCUCGAAUCCCGCGCGCGUCGAAUCCCCCUCGUCACCAACGAUAGUCAAACAGAUCGCUCCCAUGUACUCAGUGUGCUUACUCAAUACCGCAUCUUGAAGUUCGUUGCUAUCAACGUUCCGGAUACCCAGAUGCUGCGCCGCCCGUUGGGAGAGUUAUUGGUCGGUACAUAUAACAAUAUUGCGACAGCGUCGAUGGAUACCCCUGUCAUCGAUGUCAUUCAUAUCCUGGUCGAGCGCAGUAUCUCUAGCAUGCCGAUCUUGAACUCUGAUGGUAUGCCAUUCUGCCAUGGGAUUCAUUGUCUUAAUGCUAACAUUUCUGAUGCAGGUGUUGUGUACAAUGUUUUUGAAUCGGUGGACGUAAUUGCUUUGAUCAAGGGUGGUGUCUAUGACGAGUUAGGUCUGACAGUGGGAGAGGUGCUGAAGAAGCGAUCACCGGAAUUCCCGGGUAUUUACACUUGCUCACUCAACGAUGGCCUCGACACAAUCUUCGAUACCAUUCGCAAAUCUCGAGUUCAUCGUUUAGUUGUGGUUGAUGAACAUUUCAAGCUCAAGGGUGUACUUACGCUGAGCGAUAUUCUUCAAUAUAUCCUCCUGGAGGGUGAAAAUGAUGAGGUAUGA